AUGAAUCCAGCUAUCACCAACUUGGGCUUGAUGCUCGUCAUGAUGCAAGUCUCCCGUAAAUUGGACUUGGAAGACCCAGACAUCUUGUUCUACGUCAGAGCUUUCUACAUCUCCUGUCAAGCCAUCACCUUGGGGGUCUACUUGUUCACCAGAUUCAAGAUCAACUCCAAGAACGACUUGACCACCUUGAAGUUCGUCGAACCAGCAAACCCUAUGUCUGGUGAGACCCAGCCAAAGGCUGUGGUCACCACCGUCAAGGAGUACGACUUGAAGCAAGUCGACUCCCAGAUCAAGAGUGUGUUCAGCUCGUUGGCCAUGAUGGGUUUCAUGCACAUCUACAUGAAGUACACCAACCCAUUGGUCAUGCAGUCCAUCUCAACCGUCAAGUCUGGUUUGGAAUCCAACAUCGUCAAGAUCCACCUUUUCGGCACCCCAGCCUCUGGUGACUUGAAGAGACCAUUCAAGUCCGCCCCUGGCUUCUUGCAAGCCUUGACUGGUGGUGUUGACUCGGUCAAGACCGACAAGCACACUGUUGAGAGUGUCGAGACCGCUGGUACCGGUGGUAUCAAGGAAGAUUAG